AUGACAAGUCGCCGACAGGCGUCAGUUUCAGCAUCAUCGGAUCGGCCCGUUUCCCCGUCUGCUUCGCCUCCCACCGAUGAACCUCCAAGUGACACGCAAGACAGCAUCAGCACAUCGACAAAGCCCCGUGCGGUCAGCAGCAAGCGGAAACGAGGCGAUAGCAGUGUAGAUGAUGCCAGUGCCAAACCCGGUCCGUCCAAGGGCACCAAAGGCAAAGCAAAGUACAUCCCCAACCGCGUCAAGCGCUAUCACGAACGCUCGCUUGCCGGAUGCUUGACAUGUCGCAAGCGUCGGGUCAAGUGCGACGAAGAGAGACCCACCUGCCGUAGAUGUGCCUGCGGUGACCGAGAAUGCGUCUACGCAGACGAAUCGACUCCCUCUGGUGCCACCGAGCCUGGCUCAAAUCAGCAGAUCACAAGCACCGGUGGGAAAGCGCACGGCAGCCGCUCUCCGUCGCUUGUGGGUCUCCAGGUGACGUCUCUCGUUCAUCAAGACAAGCCAUCUGAUCCUCCAAAGAGCGCGUAUGGGAUAUCACCUUCCUUCUCACCAGCAGGCGUCGGUCCAUCACCCUCGUAUCAUCGGCCUGCAGCAAACUCAACCACCUCUCCACAUUCGACUUUCGAUGCCGCAAGCCCCCUAUCUCCCCAUCGGACGGGCCGAGCUCGCGCUUCCACUACUGCACACAACGAUCGCUACCGUGUUCACAAUGGCUCGAAUGGAGGCACAAGGCAUGCAAGACAGGCUGCCGGUGACUACGACCACCACAGACCCCACGCCUACCCGCGGCACCCCUAUUCCGGCUCAGUCGGCUCAUCAUCCACCGAUGUCUCUAAAGUCAAGAUUCCCGAGCUUCCUGCGGGUCUUGGUUUUGACCAUCUCGAUGCCUACUUUCCGACCUACGAGCAGCAAUGCCUCUUUCGCCAUUAUGUUCUUGAAGUUGCUCCGCAGCUCUGUGUCAUACGCAUCCCCCUCUCUGACAAUCGCUGGAUCCGAUACCACGCCACGUUUGCAGUGCGACAUUCACAUGGAGUCAACGGAUACGAAGACGCGCUACGCUCUGCGCUUCUCAGUAUGGCCAGCCUCGACAUUGGCCACAAAUUGUCCCAAUCGCCCAUUCCCGACCUCUUCCCAAGUUCUGCAUCGCGAGCAGAAGCCUCGUCACGCAAUUCGAAUCCUGUUGGCAGCAGCGCCGGAGGGACACGGGAGAUGACCGGUCCGUCUCUACAUAGCUCCAUUUCGAUGGACAUGGACAAGGCACCUGAGGGGAUGGCCGACGUGAUCAACGGCACCAGCACCAACAGCAUCAUGUCCAACGUUUUGCUCGAGCUCAGCAAUCUUCGCCGUGAGGAAAGCCUGCGACUCUUGCGCACCACUCUCCAAGAGCGACGUGCGCCUCUGGAUCGAAGCAAUGCCGCCAUCAUGCUUGCAACCGUUCUCGGCUUGGCUACGCGCGACAGACUAGCAGCUCAGCAAGACUGGCAGGACGCGCUCCAUAUCGCGUCCAGAGCCAUCGCAGAGCUGGGCGGUCCAGCCGCCUUUGUCGACCAGUCGGAUCCGUCGAGCCUGUUUCUCAUCGAGCAAAUUGCCUGCUUCGAUGCCCUCAGCUCGCUGACCUCGGACGACUACACGCUCUUCCUGCAACCGUGGGACGACUGGUGGUAUGCACUCAUGGACUCGCCACGCAGCAUUAAGGAGGACAGCGUACUGCAGACGUUCGGAUUGCAUCGUGGCAUGAUCGAUAUGCUGGCAAGGAUGACACGCGUCGAAGCAACCCGGCGCGAGCUGCAGGAACGCACAAGUGUGACCAUCAUCCUUUCCGAAACGCCCGGUGGGGGUUCCCCACCUGCCCUGCCACCUGAGUACGAAGAGACACGACUAUGGCUCGAGUCGACCGCGCGAGCCUUGGUAGCCGAGAUUCCAAUCUGGGCCAAGAUGCCCUUCCCAGCAGAGGCAACACGGACGCUGCAAACGCUCUUGCCGGUGAUCAUGAAUCACCUCUACGUCGCAGCUGCCGAGCUGUACAUCCAUUCUGUCAUCUUUGCGAAACCAGCGGACCACCCUUGCUUUGCAGAGCCAACAGCAGUGGUGCUGAAUCGCACAGAGGAGGCUAUCCAAGCGGGCAUCACCAAAGGUCUCGUGCUGCCUCUAUCCUUUGCCGCCUUCUCGACACGCUAUCAGGACCGAGGUCGAAUCCGUGUCAUGCUCAACCAGCUACGCCCUUACUACAAGUUUGAUCUGGAACGCAUGGAAAAGCUCAACGAGCACUUGUGGAGCUUGAUCGACAGCGGACUGACGCCGACGGACUGGGGCAUGUUCCUCAAGAGCGUCGGCUGUUUCAAUUGGGCUUUCUGA